AUGGAUUAUCCAGAAAUGGCAAAGAUGGAUUUCUGCGAGGUAAUCGUCGAAAGUAUUAAGGAAGGAGCCAAGAUAUGGCAGAAGCACAGGGAUUUGCCUCAGGAAGAAAAGAACAAAAAGCAUGUCAAUGGUUUGGCACAGGGGCCAGUAAUCAUGUACCUCGACUCCCUGCUGCUGCCAACCGACACAAAAGAAAUGCGGAAGAUUGCAAAGACAAUGGACAAGACCUCAUUACCACGAGCAAACCAUCUCAAAGAGAGUGACCUAGCAAAAAUAGCUAGAGCAGAUAUGAAAAGGGACGGAAAAGCACGACCAGAUGACUAUGAAUUUGGCAAAAUACAGACACUAGAGCAAGCAGAUCCAGCAGCCUCAAGUACACUAGCCGAUGAAAUCGUAGCCACAACAGAACCAAUAGAAAGAAGAAAAAGAAAGAAAGAAGAAGAAGAAGAGAGGAAGAGAAGAACAAAAUCAAGGGACAUAGGCAUUGACAAGAAGAAGAUAAAGCGGCAAAAACAGGAACGUACCAAUAGCACGCCAGGCCAAGAUGAACUCCAACAGCAGGAUGGUGUCAACAACCCCAAAAACAAGAAUGAACGUAACAAACAAAGCAACCUCACAACAGACAAUGCUACAACAACAACUACCCCAACACAAGCACAAGAUACGAUCAACGUCAGAACCUGUGAAGAGGCUCAGCUGGAGAACAAUCAAGUCAGCAGCCCCGCCAACCAAAUGCAAGAGGCUGACCCACAAUCAACCGUUAGCAUAACAAACGACAAAGAAGAAGAAAACAACGAAGAGGAGGUAUCACAAGCACUGCAAGACCAAGAGACAACCCAUGUUGAAAUUGAACCCCAUAGUGAACCUCAAACAGACGAAGGCGUCACAGAACAGGAACUUUGUGUACAAGAGAUUUCCAGUGCCACAACAUUGCAGACCACCAUCACGAGUACAAAGGAGAAAGCCCAAGACAUCCCAGCCGAUGAGAAACAAGAGACUGUUAUACCUGACAAAGAAACAGUCGAUGCAGGCACGAAUAACCCAGUCAUCAACAUGGAGGAAGAGGAAGCAAGCGAAAGCACUGGCAUAGACAUUCAACAAGAAAAACAAGAGGACAACACGAGACAAGGAGAAGCCGUAGUUCCAGCAGUAGACAGUCCUGCAACUCCAGAGAAAGAGGUACAAGAAGCUCAAGAAACCACCAAUAAUCAAGACCAUCAAACACAACCAGAGGAGCCCAAUAAACAACCCGAACAUGUUCUUCAAACGAGAGAGGAGACCAAUGAGCAAAAGGAGGGCACUGAAGAAGGGCAACAUGUUCUUCAAAAGGCAGACAUCAACGUCACAGAAGACCAAGCCCCAAAAUAUUCACUCACCGAAAAACACGCAGCAGAGACGGCAGCAGCGACAACGACUGAAAAGCUACAAGACAAAAACGACGGCAGCGGCGAUGAACUACAAAAGAAAGAAGAAGAAGAUGCCCAAAAACCUCCACUCAACGAAGAACAAGCAUAA